AUGUCUCCCUCCAGCGGCUCCUCCGACGCUGAUGGCUCGGGGCCGGACGCGGGCUGGGCUGAGGUAGAGGACGAGGAUGAUGCCGUUUCGAUCAAGUGCUUCUUCUGCGAGCAGACCUUCGCGAGCCCUACUGCCAUGUGUGAUCACUGCAAGGCCGACGAGGGUUUCGACUUUCUCGCUGCGAAGGCAAGAAUGAACCUGGAUUUCAUCGGCACUAUCGAGUUCAUCAACUACAUUCGUUCGCAGGCGCUACUAGGCCACAGAGAUUUCAACAUGGAUAAGGAGACCUUUGAGAUCGAAGCAUAUGGCCGCUCGCCGCUCGACGACGACCCGCUGCUCUACUCCCUGGACGACCUCCCCACCGAUGAGACGCCCGCCCAAGAAGAUGUGCAUCACAACACAGCGGAUCUUGAACGCAUCGCCGAGCUCGAAAAUGCCAUUCAGCAGCUUGCCCUAGUUCAUAAGGCCCACAAUGAGAUGGUUCAGCGAAUGCUAGCCGAAACAUCGUCCGAAUCCGAUACGAAGACUCGCCCCACCAAGCCGAAGAAAGCUGCAGAGGAGAAGCUAUCAGGUCCGGCGCUGGAGAAGGAUAAUGAUAGCUACUUUAACGGCUAUGCUUACAACCAGAUCCACCGCACCAUGCUCGAAGACAAAGUCCGCACCGACGCCUACCGCGACUUCAUCUACGACAACAAGCACGUCUUCGCCGGCAAAACCGUCCUCGACGUCGGCUGCGGCACAGGCAUCCUCUCCAUGUUCUGCGCGAAAGCGGGCGCUAAACACGUCUACGCCGUCGACAACAGCAACGUCGCCGUCAAGGCGCGCGAAAUCAUCCACACCAACAACCUCGCCGCCACCAUCACCGUCAUCCGCGGCAACAUCGAAGACAUCACCCUCCCCGUCGCCCAGGUCGACAUCAUCGUCUCGGAAUGGAUGGGCUACGCGCUGCUCUACGAGAAGAUGCUCGACAGCGUGCUCGUCGCGCGCGACCGCUUCCUCGCCCCCGGCGGCCUCAUGGUGCCGUCGCACUGCACGCUGCGCAUCGCGCCCUACAGCAACGCGCAGUUCGGCUACGAGAACCGCGAGAACGCCUUCUGGGCCGACGUCUACGGGUUUGACAUGACGCCCAUGAUCGACAACGACAAGCUCGCCUUCUCCGUCAUCGACAUCGAGCACGUGAUCCCGCAGCGUAUCGCUGGCCCCCCCUCUACCUUCCGCGUCCUCCCGCUCGCGACGGUGAGCGCGCAAGAACUGCAGUUCACGGCGCCCUUUGCGGUGGAGCUCUCGCGCGACGUGCCCAAGAUCGACGGCUGGGUGGUCUGGUUCGACACGUUCUUCCUGCCGACGCGUGAAGAUGUCCUGCCGGCCGACGCGGUGGCGGAGACGUGGCCGGCGAAUGCGCCGGGCAACGCGUUCACGACGGGCCCCUUUGGGGAAAAGGAGACCCACUGGGGCAUGGGCGUGAUGCCCUUGGCGAAGGCGAACGGCACGAAGGCGCUCGCGGCGGGCGCGUGGGUGGCGGGCAGCGUGGCGUACAAGACAUUUUUGGUGCUUUUUGGUGCUCUUGUGACUUGUUUGUGA